AAAUGUAGAUAAUGCACGAUGACCAGUACAUUCGCGUGUUUACAUUUCUCACGAUUUGCUCUCCGACCUCGGUUAUUCCCUUAUCUUUUCCAGGAAUACGUACACACCGUAAGUAUCCAAGCUCUGUGUGCGAAUAAAUCUUGUGCAAGUUGAGGUAAUCAAUAAUUAGUGAGAUUCAGUGAAAUGAGAUUCGGCCCGUUCCCACGCUAUAGUUCCACCGAUGAUAAUGAAGAAUGACCUCAGUUAAUAAAAUUAAUCUUCAAUGCACGUAGAUAACCAAUGAAGCAAUUAACCAUUUACAUAAUGAUGAUAAAUUAAUGAUGCACAGUUUUCUAUUGUUUCAGCUCAGGAAUGGACAUACUUGUGUAUCCGUGUGGUCAUGGUAUGAAGUGAACUGAUACGAUUUUAAUACAUAUUUCAUUUGCUAUUUUAUAGUUUGAAAUUUUCUCGGUGUUGCACAUACUUCAAGAAAAUAGUGUAAAUUUAUCUAAUACCUGUGACACUUGUUUCAAAUUUUGUCAAUACAAGAAAUAGAAAUUGCAGACCAGUGACAUUAAAAUUUGUACUUUUAUAUAAGCUACAAAGGUUCAUUUUCGGUUCUGUAUUUUUAUGUACAUUAGUGUAAGUUCAUUUCGUCAAUUGUGAAUCACAACUUGUGAUUGCCACAUAGUGAGGUUCUAUAGUGAAAUAUGUAUAUUUAUUGUGAUGGACUAUGAUCUGUAUGAUCUCCCAAACCAAGUAAUUGAUAAGAGUUCGAACGGACGAUGAAAUCAUCGGAGCAUGAACCAAAAUAGAAAUAUUUGUUACCAAGGUCUCAGCAAAAAAUAAUGACCCGAAGAAGAUGACACAUUCAUCGUCAUCAAAAAUGCAAAUAACUCCAACCCGAACACUUUCUUCGACAAUAGAUAAUAUCUCAACUUUUCGUGACAUCUUACAUACAUACAGAAUGCUCCGUAAAGUGAAUGCGUCAUUCAUAAAUGUGCUGUGCUUACAUAAAAAAUUGUCCAAAAAACAAGAAAUCUAAGGUUUUUAAAAUAAAUAAAUGUUUAAUAGAAAUGAAAAUGGCGAGUCAAUUUAUCAUUUUAUUUUAUUUUGACGUAUAAACUUAGCAAUUAAGUUUGCGUAAUUGUUUAAUUAGCAAACUUAGCAAUUUCACAAGUACAAAGUACAGAAUGUAAUGUAAAUCGCAGCUCAUGAUUGUAGUACAUAUUUUCAGCCUUUGUCCGAAUCAACCGAAGUGCGUAGUUCAUUAGUAACGUCGAGACUAUUGAAAUUGUUGCCAAUUAUAUUAUCGGUCAUCAUGGGUUAUCACAUUCCACCCCUCCCCAUCACUACGACGUCGUCAUGACCGUUGCCAUCAGAAGUAGCAAUUUUUAUACUCACUGCAGUGUCGUUGCAAUGUUCAGUGACCUCCAAGUCCGAAACUCUAUCAACUAUUCCUCUAAUCGUCAAUAUGAAUCAAGGAAAACGCUUUAAUGCAUCAGAAUCAUGUGAUUGAGGGGAAAGUUGCUGAUGAUGUUGCUUCUUGUUUCCCUAAAAUACUGAAAAUGGGUGGAUUACCAGUGUUUAAACGGCGUCUACGUCGUUAUCCCUGCCAGCUAUGUCCUGAAACUUUCACCAGAAAAGAUAAUUUGAAACGCCACGUGAGACAGAAGCAUGACAAGAUGGUUCCUAAGCCGAGAUGCCCAAACUGUCGCAAAGAACUCUCCAUAAAUUUUGCUUUGAAACGGCACAUGGAGAAAUGCUGUCAUCCGGGGAAUAGGGGAGCUCUAGGGCCGCCUCCUCGCCAAAAUUCUGAGGAAUAAACUUUCUCCAACUUUCUCCUCCUUCGAUAUUUUAAACAGUAAUUUCUUCAUGACACUAUGCAAUUUGGGAUUAAUUUGGGAUUAUUGGUGUUAAAUAAAAAGAAUUUGUAAAAUUUCGUGUAAAACAUGA